AUGCCAGAGUUCUUCCCGGCCUUCCGGCCGGAGAAGCGGAAAAAGCCCAUUCUGUUUAAGAAUGCCCGGAUUUACGACGGCCUUUCAGAAGGGCUAAGUCAGCCUCAAGACGUGUUAGUCGUGGGGAACCUGAUCCAAGACGUCGGAGAAGGAAUCAGUGCAGAAAACUGGGGCGCAGUCAGCGUUGACUGCUCCGAUCACACACUAAUGCCUGGGUUGAUUGAUAUGCACAGUCACCUGGCAAUACAAGAAGGGAUGCUGGAGGGCCGUGAUCAGUUUGAUCAAAUGGCCAUGGGUGCUAUGUGUGGGCAGGACUGUAUCGACUAUUUGCUUCAAGGUUUCACUACAUGCCGUGAUGCCGGUGGAAAUGUGUUGGGCAUGGCCAGGGCCAUCAAUGGCGGUCGGAUCCCAGGUCCUCGCAUUUUUGCUUGUGGGGCUUUCCUGAGUCAGACAGGCGGGCAUGGCGACACUGGCUGCUGCUUUGACCAGCCUGGCGAUGCUGACACGCUGGAGCGUUUCGGCUUCUCCCACAUUGUUGAUGGACGCCCCGAGAUGCUAAAGGCUGCCCGGAACAACCUGCGAAACGGGGCAACACAGUUGAAGAUCAUGGCCGGUGGGGGGUGUGCCAGUGCCUUUGACCCCAUCCAUGUCACACAGUUUACAGACGAUGAGAUGCGCGCUGCCGUUGAUGUAGCCCGGGACUACGGAACAUAUGUUAUGGCUCAUGCCUACCACGAUGAUUCAAUCAACAGAUGCCUGGAUGCCGGUGUGCGCUGCAUCGAGCAUGGCUUCCUCAUGUCUGAGUCCACGAUGAAGCGCAUCGCCGACGAAGGUGCCGCGAUGUGCCUCCAGUCAUGUAUGUCUCUGGAAGCAUUUGCUGAGCCAGAGAAGAUUACUUUCUUUUCGAAAGACCAGAAGAAGAAGGCAGCAAAAGUGGCUUCGGGGGCAAAGCAGAUGAUGGAGUUUGUGCGAAAGUACAAGCCGCUGACAAUCUCGGGUGGCGACAUGUUUGGUGCCUCUGCCCAGCACCGGCAGGCGGACAACGUGAUCACCCUCGUAACGUUGGGCGGCUUUUCUGCAGCCGAGGCCCUUCGCAGUGCCACUGGAGAUGCAGGGAAGGUCCUGGCAUGGAGUGGGGGCAUGAACCCUUACAAGGAUGGUCCUUUAGGCAUAGUCGCCAAAGGAGCAUACGCAGACAUCAUUAUAGUAGACGGCAACCCGCUGGACGACAUCACCUGCCUUAAACGCGAUCACGUUCGGGUGGUGGUGAAAGAUGGCAUCUGCUACAAAUAUACCCUGUCGCCGGGGCGGGCAGAUUCUGACGCACUGACUCCCUCGGUGCUCUCCUCGGGCAGUGGGACUUGA